AUGACGUCAGAGUUUAGUUCAGAUGAAAGCACUUUUUCAGAAAGGUUUGCGCCCUUCAUAGAUUUGGAUACAGUUAUUGAUUGGCUAAAUACUCUCGCCAUGUUCUGUCAAGAAAGCUCCUAUUUCUUCUUUGCGAAAAUUGUGGUCAACUUAGCAUACGAUCUACUGGGGAACUUAGACGACACUUCAACGAGUGUGUUUGCUCGUAAAGGGAGGGUUUUGAAUGUAAGUGGCGAAGUGUACAGCAGCCUGGGAGAAUACAAUCAAGCCAAAGAACUUCACGAAAAAGCACUGAUUAUUUACAAAAAGAUUUUUGGUGAAGAUCAUGCCGCUGUAGCAACAAGUUAUAACAACUUGGCAUUAGUGUACGAGAACCUGGGAGAAUACAAUCAAGCCAAAGAACUUCACGAAAAAGCACUGAUAACUCGCAAAAAGAUUUUUGGUGAAGAUCAUGCCAAUGUAGCAACAAGUUAUAACAACUUGGCAUUAGUGUACAACAACCUGGGAGAAUACAAUCAAGCCAAAGAACUUCACGAAAAAGCACUGAUUAUUCGCAAAAAGAUUUUUGGUGAAGAUCAUGCCGAUGUAGCAACAAGUUAUAACAACUUGGCAUUAGUGUACGACCACCUGGGAGAAUACAAUCAAGCCAAAGAACUUCACGAGAAAGCACUGAUAAUUGACAAAAAGAUUUUUGGUGAAGAUCAUGCCGAUGUAGCAACAAGUUAUGACAACUUGGCAUUAGUGUAUAACCGCCUGGGAGAAUACAAUCAAGCCAAAGAACUUCACGAAAAAGCACUGAUAAUUUGCAAAAAGAUUUUGGGUGAAGAUCAUGCCGAUGUAGCAACAAGUUAUAACAACUUGGCAUUAGUGUACGACAACCUGGGAGAAUACAAUCAAGCCAAAGAACUUCACGAAAAAGCACUGAUAAUUUACAAAAAGAUUUUUGGUGAAGAUCAUGCCGCUGUAGCAACAAGUUAUAACAACUUGGCAUUAGUGUACGACCACCUGGGAGAAUACAAUCAAGCCAAAGAACUUCACGAAAAAGCACUGUUAAUUCGCAAAAAGAUUUUUGGUGAAGAUCAUGCCGCUGUAGCAACAAGUUAUAACAACUUGGCAUUAGUGUACAACACCCUGGGAGAAUACAAUCAAGCCAAAGAACUUUACGAAAAAGCACUGAUUAUUUACAAAAAGAUUUUUGGUGAAGAUCAUGCCGCUGUAGCAACAAGUUAUAACAACUUGGCAUUAGUGUACGACAACCUGGGAGAAUACAAUCAAGCCAAAGAACUUUACGAAAAAGCACUGAUUAUUGACAAAAAGAUUUUUGUUGAAGAUCAUGCCGAUGUAGCAACAAGUUAUAACAACUUGGCAUUAGUGUACAAGCACCUGGGAGAAUACAAUCAAGCCAAAGAACUUCACGAAAAAGCACUGUUAAUUCGCAAAAAGAUUUUUGGUGAAGAUCAUGCCGAUGUAGCAACAAGUUAUAACAACUUGGCGUUAGUGUACGACACCCUGGGAGAAUACAAUCAAGCCAAAGAACUUCACGAAAAAGCACUGUUAAUUCGCAAAAAGAUUUUUUGUGAAGAUCAUGCCAAUGUAGCAACAAGUUUUAACAAUUUGGCAUUAGUGUACACACACCUGGGAGAAUACAAUCAAGCCAAAGAACUUCACGAAAAAGCACUGAAAAUUCGCAAAAAGAUUUUUGGUGAAGAUCAUGCCGAUGUAGCAACAAGUUAUAACAACUUGGCAUUAGUGUACAAGCACCUGGGAGAAUACAAUCAAGCCAAAGAACUUCACGAAAAAGCACUGUUAAUUCGCAAAAAGAUUUUUUGUGAAGAUCAUGCCAAUGUAGCAACAAGUUUUAACAAUUUGGCAUUAGUGUACACACACCUGGGAGAAUACAAUCAAGCCAAAGAACUUCACGAAAAAGCACUGAAAAUUCGCAAAAAGAUUUUUGGUGAAGAUCAUGCCGAUGUAGCAACAAGUUAUAACAACUUGGCAUCAGUGUACAACCGCCUAGGACAAUACAAUCAAGCCAAGGAACUGUAUGAAAAAGCACUGACGAUUAGGAAACAAAUUUUCGGUGAAGAUCAUAAGUAUGUAGAAAGAAUUCGUAGUGAGUUAGCAUUAGUAGACAAACACCUUGUUAGCAGUGGAGCU